AUGGAGAGAAAACUGGACAAUAAAAUGAAAAGGGAACUGUCCUGCUUAGCGACUUUAAACAACAAAAACAUAACCCUGGUGUCUAUUCGUAAGCGGCAGGCAGCUCAUGAUGUGCCUGAACUACUGAUUAUUGGUGAAAAGUCCACAACAGGAUCUCCAGUAAAAGUAAGCAGUAACUUGCAGAAAGAAGAAAAGAUUUUGCAGAAUUACUCCAUAGGAAUGCCAGAAGUCAAUACAGUUGAAAGACAGCCUUUGUCCAACACUGAUUCUCCUCCUGACUGUGAGCUGGAACCUACAAUGAAACACAGUUUUGCUUUUGACAACAUGGGCUACGAGGAGAGCUUUGAAACUGUGCCCUCUCCAUCUUCCCAAGAACGCACCGUAGCAGUCAACGUUGUGGGAAUGACUUGCCAAUCAUGUGUGCAGUCGAUAGAAGGGCGAAUUUCCAAGGUGAAGGGCAUUUUGAGUAUUAAAGUCUUCCUUGAACAGAACAAUGCUCUAAUAAAGUAUCUGCAAUCGGAAAUAAGCCCUGAACAGAUUUGCGAGGAAAUUCAGGAUAUGGGCUUUGAUGCCAACAUAGCAGAAGAGAGGUUGACAACAGCAACUGUAAAUUUGUCAUGCUUGAGAGAAGCAGUAGUUAAGCUUCAGGUAGAAGGCAUGACAUGCCAGUCCUGUGUCACCAACAUUGAAGGAAAGAUUAGGAAACUGCAUGGUGUGGCAAAAAUCAAGGUGUCACUUGGUAACCAGGAAGCAAUUAUUGCUUACUAUCCUUACAUCAUUCAGCCUGACGACCUCAAGAGCCAUAUCAGUAACCUGGGGUAUGACUGCACCAUUAAAAGUAAAUCAGCCCCUUUGAAGCUGGGUGUCCUGGAUCUCGAGCGCUUGCGGAAUGCAAACCCCAAGGAGACACCAGCGAGUCUUGGGAGUGAUGGGGUGGAUCCGCUGGUCGCCGAGCUGAGUAGCACAGCUACAGUGGCUGUACGGAUAGAAGGCAUGCACUGCAAGUCCUGUGUCAGAAACAUUGAAGGAAAUAUAUCAGAUCUUCCUGGCAUACAAAGUAUUAAAGUGUCUUUGGAGCAUAAAUGUGCUGUGGUACAGUAUAGCCCAAAUCUAAUUACCCUGUCAGCUUUGCAGCAAGCUAUUGAAUCCCUUCCACCCGGAAACUUUAAAGUGUGCCUCCUUAAUGAUUCAGAAGCAAAUAAAGGAGCAUCUCCAUCAUCUGCUUUCCUAUGCGAUCUCUUCGGAGAGCCACUGCAAGACACAACAUGCACAGCUGUUAUUAGGAUUGAUGGCAUGACCUGCAAUUCUUGUGUACAGUCCAUAGAAGGGACCAUAUCACAGAGACAAGGAGUGCAACGUAUAGCAGUUUCUCUAGCUGGCAGAACUGGGACCAUACGUUAUGAUCCAGCUGUCACUAAUGGAGAAGAGUUAAGAGCUGCCAUAGAAGACAUGGGGUUUGAUGCCUCUGUGCUGACAGAUACCGCCACCGGAGAACGCAGACACCAGCCUGAUGCCAGCAAUGCUGCCGUGCCGCCUCAAGCUCCAGAGCCUCCUCGCCAAAGCUGUGCCUCGGGUGCUCUUCCAAACAGUCCUCACCUUGAUGGGCCAAACCAGCCCAGCGGAGCGACAGCUGAAAAGUGUUUUUUACAAAUCACAGGCAUGACCUGUGCGUCUUGUGUAUCUACCAUUGAACGAAAUUUGCAGAAAGAAGACGGAAUUGUUUCAGUGUUGGUAGCACUGAUGGCAGGUAAAGCAGAGAUAAAAUACAAGCCAGAAUUCAUACAACCUCUUGAAAUAGCACAACUGAUCCAGAAUUUGGGUUUUGAAGCUACCGUCAUAGAAGAUCAUGCAGAAACAGAAGGGAAUGUGGAGCUUGUUAUUACAGGAAUGACUUGUGCUUCUUGUGUUCACAAUAUUGAAUCCAAACUCAUGAGAACAAAUGGCAUAUUCUAUGCCUCAGUUGCGCUUGCUACUUGCAAAGCUCACAUCCAGUUUGAUCCUGAAAUUACUGGACCUCGAGAUAUUAUAAAAAUAAUUGAGGAAAUUGGCUUUCAUGCUUCUGUGGCUAGAAGAGUUCCAAAUGCACAUAACCUGGAUCAUAAAAAGGAAAUACAGCAGUGGAGGAAAUCUUUCUUGUGCAGCCUACUGUUUGGUAUCCCUGUCUUAAUCCUAAUGAUCUAUAUGCUAAUACCCGACGGUGAGCACCAUGGGUCAAUGGUGCUGGAAAAGAACCUCAUCCCUGGAUUAUCUAUUUUAAAUCUUCUCUUCUUUGUCCUGUGCACUUUUGUUCAGUUUCUUGGUGGAUGGUAUUUUUACGUACAAGCUUACAAAUCACUGAAGCACAAGACGGCCAAUAUGGAUGUGCUCAUCGUACUGGCCACGACGAUUGCUUAUGUGUAUUCGUGUGUGAUCCUGAUGGUAGCGAUAAUUGAAAAGGCAGAGAAAAGCCCUGUCACUUUCUUUGACACUCCUCCAAUGCUGUUCGUGUUCAUUGCCCUUGGGAGAUGGCUGGAACACAUAGCAAAGAGUAAGACCUCAGAAGCUCUUGCGAAACUUAUAUCUCUUCAAGCCACAGAAGCCACUGUGGUGACUCUUGGACCUGACCACUCUAUCAUCAGGGAGGAGCAGGUAGUGGUUGAACUGGUUCAAAGGGGUGAUAUCGUAAAGGUUGUUCCUGGUGGGAAGUUCCCAGUGGAUGGAAAGGUCAUUGAAGGCAGUUCUAUGGCAGAUGAGUCUCUCAUUACUG